AUGGAUUCUCUGCUGGCUCUAGCCUUCGAUCCGCUUGUAAACUCCACGGCGAUUCGGACGCAAGCGCUGAAGGCGUUGGGAGGGCUCGUGCUGGGGCAUGCUGCGAAUCGGGAGGAGCUUGGGAGUAAGCUGAUUAGCCGAUCUGAUCCGACGACGUUUCUGUAUCGGGAUGCUGGGUGGGGGCCGAAGAGGGGGAGGAGGGGAGGAGGAGGAGGGGAGGGUGGAUGGGGAGAGGAGGAGGAUGGAGAGGAGGAGGAGGAGGAGGGUUUGUUGAGGGGGGUGGGGGAGGAGAUGGAGCCGGCAUUGCACUGUGUGCUGCGGGUGGCACUGAGAGCGAGUACCAUGCGGGAGAGCUCUGCUGCUGACUAUGUGAUUCGGUGCUUCUGUGAGGGCAACAGCGAGGGGCAGACCAUGCUAGCGUCCACCAUCACACCCCUGCCUCAAGGCGUCGCGGGCAAGGGCAAGAGAGGAGGAGGAGCAAUGGGGCCUGAUGCGGCUGAUGAUGCGGCAAACCUGACGUUUGGAGGCAUCUUGGUGAGGGCCCUCAUAGCGGGGCAGAGCGAGCAAGCCCUAGAAGCAAGCUGCCGGGCAGCCAGCGUGCUCUCGCACCUGCUCACGGGCAACUCAGCAGCCAAGGAGCGAGUGCUGCCAGGGCAAAGCGAGCAAGCCCUGGAGGGAAGCUGCCGGGCAGCCAGCAUUCUCUCGCACCUGCUCACCGCCAACUCAGCAGCCAAGGAGCGAGUGCUGCGCCCCACAGACGCAGCCACAGUGGUGGAUAUAAUCACGCAGCGCAUCGGCCUUGCUGCUUUCUUCGCCCGUAUAGAGGACUUGAAGAGAGAUCCGUAUUUCCUUACAGGGGGAGCAGGGUCGCGACCGCCCAAGCCGCUCACGAGAAGCACGGCUGCUGCGGUGGCAGCUGCUGGGGGAACGGGAGGGGGAACGGGGGGGGAUGGAGGAGCGGGGGGAAGAGGGAGCAGCAGUGGCGGCAAGGGCAGUGAGAUAACAGAGGAAGGCGGGCCGGGCAAUUCUGCUUCUGCCUCUGCUGCUGCUGGGCUUGCAACAGCAGCAAGUCGCGUACCGCCUGUUUCUAGUGCGUCGAGUUUGGAUUUCGAGCCGCCCAUUGCCUCGUUCUACGACCGCGAGUUUGUGCGGUCGGUGCUGGUGCUGGAGGAGGCAGUGCGGUUGAGAGUGGUGCAGCUGUUUUCGAUGCCGAGAGGCGGGGGUGGGGAGGGAGAAGGCGGAGGAGGAGGGGCAGUGGAUGUGAAUCGGAAGGAGGGGGAGAGCGAGGGGGAGUAUGCGGGGAGGUUGAGAGCAAUGCUUCAGUCGCAGCAUCAAGAGCUCCAGCACCUGCGCAGUCGCAACGUGGCUCUCGCGAAAGACGCCAUGCAACUCGCCCCACAAUCUCCCUCCUCUGGUGCCGGCGCCAGCGACCAAUCACAUGUCGCCACGUCAGCGGACAGCGCGGGCUCGGCGCCAACUCACGCUGAGGUGGAAGCCGCCCGGCGCCAGCUGGCGGAGGCGGAAGCGAGCGUGGCGACGCUUCGAGGGGAGCAAGAGACACUUAUGGGAGAACUCAUGCAGGUGCGACAAGUGGCAGCAGGCAAGGAAGCAGACCUGCAGGCUCUAUCAAUGGCCUACCACAGUCUAGAGCAGGAGAAUCUCAGACUAGAAGGGGAGGUCAAAACCCUCCAGUCCACCACUGAAACCCUCCGAGCCAGCUUGGCUUCGGCCGAAGCUGCUGCCGCAGCUGCUGGCUCGGGAGGUGCGACAGGGGCAGGAGCAGGCUCUGGGAUGCCCGAAGCUGAAGUGGAGGAGCGGGUGGAGGCGGCUCGGCAGGAGGCUCGGGAGGAGGCGCAGCGGGAGAGUGAGACGGAGCUGAAUGACCUGCUGGUGUGUUUGGGGCAGGAGGAGAAGAAGGUGGAGGUGUUAAGAGGGAGGCUGGUUGAACUUGGGGAGGAUGUGGAUGCUUUGAUGGAUGGAAUAGUGGAGGGAGAGGAGGGGGGCGGGGAGGAGGAGGAGGGGUGA